CGGGCACUGGUUUUUUGCAAUGAAAUUGGGACCUCUAACUGCUAGUAUUCUCGCAUCCUGGCACGUCGGUAUGGCUGCUGCUACUCAAGUUGAAACGACAGUGGUACCGACCGAGCAGCCGGGUUUUUUUGCCCUCAAUUUCGAAAUCCAGCGGGGCAAUUCCAAGACUGAUAUGGGGACUGAAAGAACGCCGAGACUCAUCCGUCGAAUGCUCUCUGACGAAGAACAAGCAUCGCUGCCACUCUUCGAACGAGGGAGAAAGGUCUGGCGUCGGGAUUUCUUCGAGAUGACUCUUGAAAAUGCCGAUACGUUCUACCUUACCGAGCUUGAAAUUGGUUCUAACGGCGACAAGAACCAGGUUCUUGUUGAUACGGGGCUGUCGGAUUUAUGGGUGAUGGCACAUGACGUGGACUGUCAUGCUGAGUCAUCAUCAGCGUCAACCAAGAAGAGAGACCUUGGACUUCAUGUUGGAGAUAUCUUUGUACAUCCACACGAAGAUUCCAUCUCCCCCACCAAAACAGAGAAACUCCAAGGGAAGGCAAAUGCCAACUCCAUUUUGAGUGCUUUCGGCAUCACCACCGACUCCCCGUUUGGUGGUAGUGGCGGUAGUGGUAGCGGCUCCGGCAGUGCCGUUGCGGUUGCCGUUGCCACCGACUCGGGUUCCACUACAAACACAUGUACGUCUUAUGGCCUGUUCAACACCGCGAACUCAGAAUCCUUCACCAGAAACUCGCUGGCACCAGCUUUCCUGAUUCGGUACGCGGACGGUACCAGUGCUGAAGGGAUCUGGGGCUAUGACGACGUCAAGAUCAGCAAUGCCACCGUCAAUAACUUGUCAUUUGCUGUGUCCAACGAUACUUCUUCCAAUAUCGGCGUGCUUGGAAUCGGAUUAGCCAUGCUUGAAGUCACAUACUCCCUGGGUACAUCCAACGCAUACACGUAUGAAAACUUACCGGCAAGACUUGCAUCUCAAAAUAUCAUUGCCAAAAAUGCCUACUCUCUCUACCUUGGGUCUUCGGACUCCAAAACUGGUACGGUUUUAUUUGGAGCUGUGGACCAUGCCAAGUAUUCGGGAACCCUCCAAACCGUUCCUAUUGUUAACACCCUUGAAUCAUACGGGUACGAAAGUCCUAUUCGGUUAGAAAUCAAUGUCGAUGAAAUCCUGUUAACCAACUCAGACUCAGUGCAAGUUAACUCUAACGGGUACACGGCACUCUUGGACUCGGGUCUGACCUUGUCAUAUUUCCCGCAAUCAUUAUUGGAGAAAACUGCGUCUACACUUGGUCUUGACUACUCCAACUCGGUGGGGGCAUACCUCAUUGACUGUGAUGUCAGCGGUGACACCUCCAUCGACUUCACCUUUAGUGGCAUUAAUAUCUCGUGUCCCAUCUCCCACUUUGUGGUGCAGGUGACUUCCGGUACCUGUGCGUUUGGGAUAUUGGCACAGAGCCUGAGCUCCGACUAUCUUCUUUUGGGAGACAACUUCUUGCGCAAUGCCUAUGUGGUUUACGAUCUUGAGGAUUUGACCAUCUCGUUAGCUCAAGUGAACCACAGUGAUGAGGAGGAUAUCGAGGUGAUUUCCUCCAAUAUUCCUCAGGCUCUGUCCGUGGUAUCCGCUGCCACCGCUGCCAACUCCGGUGGUUCUGAGUCCACCGCGUCUGGGUCAGUGACCUUGUCUAAUAGUGAUACCGAUAGUAGUAGAGACUCUGGGGCUAUUAGAAUGGUGCCCAAGCUCAUGACAGCGGCAGCAUUUGUCGGGGUGAUUUUAGCAUUAUAAUAGGUUUAUGUAUGAAAUGGGGGCUUCAAUAUUCCAUGUUC